AUGAUCAGCAAACCUUUGGCACUUUCUUUGAUGCCUUGGAGAAAGCAGGGCCAAAAGCGUAGACGUGUCGCCGCGGAGGUAGCUAAAGCUGUGGGGAGUCUGGUAUCGGAGGUCACAGAGGUCUUCAAUGCCAUCACGCGUGGAUCUAACGAUCAUCUUGGCACCAGCCAGGACGGAGGAAGAGUGGCGAAAGCCAAAACGUUUUGUGAAACCGCGGGAGCCUUGCAAGAACAGUUGUGCGCUGCUGGGGUACAUAGCCUUGCGGGUGCUGCGGAAGCAGUGGCCGCGAAUGAUGAAGACUUUUCACAUCGAGUUGGACAAGAUGAGGGUGGUGCUGUUUGUACAGAGUCACAUGGACAUGCUACCGACAGUCAUGGGGUCACGCAGGUGAACAGGGGGACCAACAGGGGCCAGUUGCUGGGAAAGAGGCGGAAGCAAAGACCACGGGUGAGGUUCGAUUGCAACCUGUAUCAGGACAAGGAGGUCGAAAGGAAACUGGUUGUUUUGGUUGAGCAGCUGGAGAAG